CAGGAGGAGUGAAGUCUCUCAUCACUGUUCUGUCAUCACCUGCAGACACCCAACAGCCCAGACUGCAACAAGCAAUAACGAAUGUUUCAUUGCAAAAAGCAUCCCCUGUGAUUAUCACUGUGGAGGAAACGGUGCCAAGUGAAAUCACUGAACAGUCAGGUUUAGAACACAGAGGGGAAACGAGCAAUCUGGUACUACACAUCCCGUAUGGAUCUACAGAGACGGGGUCAGGAGAUGCACACCAUGCCCAUCCCCGGCUGAUGGGCUGCACGAAGCAUGCAGAACACAGGAUGUCCUGCAGCUGCGCCUCACUGCUCUUGCUAUGUACACGUCCACUAAAAAGAAGUGAUUCUCCACUUCUUAAGACUGUAUUCUGUAAAUCCAAACGAAAUUGACAUGUGUGUAGUUUACUGAAAUUCUAACUAGUGAUUUUUUAGUCUUCUACUACAAUGUAUUACACGAAGUUGAUGCCAAAUACAUGACUUCAAAACUUGAAGAACUACUCGGCAAGUUGCAGAAGGUUAAAUACUUAUAAAAUUAUAAAAUAAAAUGACCUUCUCCAAUCACUACUUCUCUUUACACAAUGAGACCACCCACAGUUCUCAAACAAUUGAGGGCUGUGUACAAAUGUAAUAAUAAAUAACUCCACACCGAUCACAAGACACAGAGACAGGAGGCAGCAGCACAACUCCGCGCUCAGAAAAGUUGUGCCGUCUUACGAAAUACAGGACACGAUCUCUUUUAAAAAUAGCAGCUCUAUUCGUAGAGCAGGAAGUAAACCUCUAAUUAUUUAGAAAAUUCUAUUUCUCUCCCUGUUCCCAAGGAAACAAAAGCAGAAGCGCUGAUGGCGUCACCUGGGAUCAGCAGCUGUCCCCCUGGCUAAGGAGCCAGCCCAGGACAGCAGCAGCCCCGGGCACACACAGAGCGCGGCUGCUGCACCAGGAACCACCGCGACCCUCCGGCUCUCACCGCAGGGAACAGCCCAGCACCGCAGCGCUGCUCGGCAGCACACUACGGAGGGUGGAAAAGACGAAAUGCAGACAAAAGCCACAAACAACUUCAGCUACUCCAUCAAUGGCAGCAACUGCACCAGCGAUAACAGAAUCAGCCAGGUCAUCUUCCCUUUGCUUUACACUCUUCUCUUCGUGGUGGGUCUCACUAUGAAUGGCCUGGCAACAUGGAUCUUCUUUAAAAUACCAAGUAAAUCCAAUUUCAUCGUCUUCCUCAAGAAUACUGUCAUUUCUGACAUCCUCAUGAUCCUGACUUUUCCAUUCAAAAUCCUUAGUGAUGCAAAGUUGGUACCGUGGGUGCUGAGAGGAUUUGUGUGCCAGGUCAGCCAGGUCGUAUUUUACUUCACCAUGUACAUCAGCAUCCUGUUUCUCGGUCUGAUAACUAUUGAUCGCUACCAGAAAGCCACCUCGCCGUUCAGAACACCGACCACAAGGAGCCUUCUAGGUGCCAAGAUCCUGUCCGCGGCAAUUUGGAUAUCGAUGUUUACUCUUUCAUUACCCAACAUGAUUCUAACGAACAAGAAAAAAACACCAAAGAAUGUAGAAAAAUGUGCUCUCUUGAAAUCAGAGUUUGGCUUAGUCUGGCAUGAAAUCGUAAACUAUAUCUGCCAACUUAUCUUCUGGGUUAACUUAGCAGUCAUAGUUGUCUGCUACAUACUUAUAAGCAAAGAAUUGUAUAAAUCCUACCAGAGGACAAGAUGCACGGGAAAACCAUCUAAAAAGUCUGUAAAUCUGAAGGUUUUUAUCAUAAUCGCAGUGUUCUUUAUUUGUUUUGUGCCAUUCCACUUUACCAGAAUUCCCUACACCUUGAGCCAAACAAGAAACGUUUUUGAAUGUUCUGCAAAGAACACCUUGUUUUACCUAAAGGAGAGCACGCUGUGGCUGACAUCGCUAAAUGCCUGCCUAGAUCCAUUCAUUUACUUUUUCCUUUGCAAGUCAUUUCGAAAGUCCUUGCUAGACAUGCUGUGCAAGCACACAGCGUCGCCAGAACUCCAAGCACAGAUAGAGGUGCAGAACGAAAGAGAUGACACAGAGGAUACCCCAGUCUAGCACAAAGAACCACCCACACCCCUGCUUGGCCACGUACAUUUACUUGGGGGCAAGGGGAAGCAGAAGAAUCCUGCUAAGGCUAACUACAAUUUCACCUGCACCUUUACAAGUUGCCCUACAGAUGAAACACAGAUCCACUGGAACCAACUUCACCGGUUGCAGAAAGGACAAAAAUACAAACAUCCGAAUAAAACAAGAGGACUGUCUGCUCACAGACAACACGUUUGACAGAGUUUCUAGAAAAAAAAGAAGUUAUAGUUGAGGCUGUAAGAAAAAAUUAAACCAGAGUCACGGAACGCUACAGAACAGAAGAUGAGCUGCAGAGAUUUUGCGGAAAUAGCUUAAUUUGGGUCAGAGUAAAGUCCAUCACAACAGAAGAAUGGAUGUAAACAAAACCACAAUAAAUGUAGCUUUUAAAUAUGGGAAGUUGCCACUUCGCACACGGUCAUCAGGCAAACAGAAAUGCAGGACAUACGUAGGUAAGCCAUUUGCCUCUGCAGGCUUCUUGGUAACUAAAUAAUGUUUUGCUUAUCCCAUUAUACGCCGCAAUUCUUAAUCCAAUGACCAAAAAUCAAUAGUCGUAAUCAGAGGAAAUUACUUCAUAGUCAGGCUUAUCUUGAUGCAACUUCAAUCUUCAAAUACUUCACCUUAUAAAAAAUAACUUUCAUAGAGAAAUAUAUAUUACAUUUAAAAAUGCACCAAGACUCAAUUUACAGAAUAUUUAGAUCCUAGGGAAAAGAAAGUCUCGUGGUAAAAUCUUUACUAAUUAUUAAGGACUGCAUUCUUGCACUAAACAAUAAUUUUAACCACUUCUUUUCACUGGGAAAAUAGAACAAGCAGGCAGGAAUUUUCCGGAACAAUAAUCAUAGUAACCCUAGGCUGAUGUGAUGGACUAUGGCUCAUUUAUCAUUGCUGCAAAACAGCUCCCAUUCAGAAACAUGUUCCACCAGCACACAAGUGCGCGGACCGGCCACAAGCCAAUGCCCUGUCUACCCUUCUCUGACAGUUAUCUGCUCCUUGGCAGGGCACAGGGAGUUUGCAGGACUGAUAUCCAACUUCCUGAAACAUUAAAACACAGAUCACAUGUGUCAGCACUCAGCCUUGGAGCAGAUGCAUUUCCUGUAACCUGUCAACAUAAAUCAAGGACUUCACACAAAGCCUUCUGUGCACAGUUUAUGCUGUUGUAUGUUCCAGCAUCGAAAACAGGGCACCGUUAUUUCCCUGGAACCAGCGUGCCCGUCACUUCACAGCAUGCUUUUAGCAGCCGCCUGGGACCCAGGACCGACUAGCUCCCAGCCGAUGCCCAGGAGGGAUGUGCAAGAUUCCCCAUUCCUGCCCAACACUCAUUGCCCGCGUUUCUUGCACCUACACAAGGACAUAAAGUGGCAAUUAUGUGGCAGAUGCCUCCCCUGAUCAGCUGGCAUGAUCAAACAACAGGUACUGCAGCUCUCUGCGUACCACACAGAUGUCCCUGACGCCAUACACAGGCACGUAGUAUCUGCCUCUUCAGCUGAGAGCAGCAACAAGAUAUAGAAGAGGAGAAAACUUGGAAGAUGCUGCCUUGGAAAUCUGGGCUAGGGUGUUGCAAUGAUAGUCCUGGUGCACGACCAGAAGUCAGGACAGGCAGCCAGGGACACAUCAGGAUGACAACAAUGGCAAGGGCCACCUUCACCUCGGUCAUCCUCAGGCUCUGCUCUCUCUGCCCGACAUUAACGUCCACAUCAGCAUGCGCACCUAUGUUAACCAAAUGCAGAUGCUAAUACUGUCAGUACAGUCACUUACUGUCAAUACUGCUACAGAGAACCUCGUCAAGCAAUCCACAUCUGCCCACAAAACGAUGGCUUCAAGAUAAGCCGUCUCCAGCAUCACACCAAGCAGAAAGCCAGAACCACCUGACUUGAAAACAGAAGAUAAAUCACGCUACUCAAUCCAUACAGCAAGUUCUCUUUACAGAGAAAUGUACUGGGGUCCAGCAUAACACAUAAUAUAUAUACAGUAAGCACACAAUAAAAGCAAAGCAUACCAGGAAGCAGAAGAAUCUUUUACUUGAAUGAGAAAGUGACUAUAAUCGGCAUAACCAUAUCACCUGGCCACACUGAUGCCAAAAUAAACCAGAAAUCCAAUUCUGAAUAUUGAAAGUGAACCUCAGCUUCAUAUGUUAGCAUUAACAGUCUCACAAAGAAAACAGAUCUCACAGUUCAAGGCUGUUUGGUUGUUUUUCCUUCACUGAACCUUCAACUACGCAUUCAAAUAUUAAUUAUUGUCUGGCAGAUUUCAAUCUUAACUGCACAUUUCAGCGUAAAACAAAAUACAAAGACUGAAUGCACUUUCUCUUGUCCUCAGCGGUCUAUUUAGCCUAUCACUCAGGCUACAGAGGGAGGGUACCAUUUCUGAAUAUGUCAGUGCACACAACAUCGUAGCCAAGUAAUCCCGUGGUGUUUCAUCCUGCUGUAAGGGCAGCCUGGAGCAGACUUUCUGAGGACGUACAUAAUGACAAGUAGCACCAUCCAGAUCACAGGAAUUCAUACACGAGCUACAUUUCAGAACUAUCCUGGAUAACUGUCAGGAAACACUCCCUCCUCAUACACCCCAUAUCCCUAAAGGAGCUGCUCCACACCAACAAAUCCAGAAGGCAUGCCUGUCUUCAUAGACACGGCCAUUUUUCCUUUGUCAGUAGAGAAAGUAGUUCUUCCUGACAGAGACCAAAAGGAAGAGAGAAAGGCAACCAAAAAAACAACACGAUUAAGUAACUCGGGUGAUACAUGAAAAGGAGGAAGGAAAC